CUUGGAUAUCCUUCUGAGAUUGGCAAAUAAUUAAGAAGUGUUAAUUUGUAUAUGUAUGGUUCUUCACUACCUUUGCACUGCAGAUUCCUUGUUUCUUAAUACGGUUGCUUUCUUAGCUUGUUGGUACUGAUCCUGAUCAAUUAAGGACAAAGAGAACCAUGGGAGACUACGAGCAGCAGCAGGAGGAGGGGAUGAGCGGUGGCGGCGGCGGUGGCCUGGAUCUGCCUCCGGGGUUCCGCUUCCACCCCACGGACGAGGAGAUCAUCACCUCCUACCUCACACCCAAGGUGCUCGACAGGAGCUUCACCACCACCGCCAUUGGAGAGGUCGACUUCAACAGGUUCGAGCCAUGGGACCUCCCCGAGAAGGCGAAGAUGGGGGAGAAUGAGUGGUACUUCUAUUGCCAGAAGGACCGCAAGUACCCGACGGGGACGAGGGCGAACCGUGCCACGGAGGCCGGCUUCUGGAAGGCCACUGGCAAGGACAAGGAGAUCUACCGGGCUGCAGCGGUGGUGCCAGUGCCAGUGCUCGUCGGCAUGAAGAAGACUCUCGUAUUCUACACGGGCAGGGCUCCCAAGGGAGACAAGACCAACUGGGUCAUGCAUGAGUACAGGCUCGACGGCAGCGGCAGGAUCCCCUGCCCCACCACCAGCUCCACCAUCGCCAUGAAAUCUUGUUCUUCCUCCAAGGUGGUAGCAGCACGGGCACGCGAAGAGUGGGUGGUCUGUCGUGUGUUCCACAAGAGCACGGGGAUCAAGAAGGCGCCGGCGGCGUCAUCAUACUACAUGGCCAUGGCCGGCAGCGGCAUUGAUCAGAGGAGCAUCCCCAUGCCCCUGCCCAUGACCAUGCAGUUUCCCAUGGGACCUGCAGAGGACUUGAACAGUCCCUUCAUGGACACGAUGGCGUCUUUCUACUCCACCGCCGGCGCGAGCACCUCGUCCGUGCCGCCCGCGCUGCCGCCUAUGGCAGGUAUGGGCAGCGCUGGGCUUCAGAUGAACGGCGGCCUGUUCGGGAACCCGAUGGCCACUGCGCAGUCGAUGUCGUUUUACCAGCAGAUGGGAAUGGGACCAGCAGGCGACGGCGGCUUCAUAGCCGGGCCGGAGAGCGGGCCGACGUCGAUGGUGUCGCAUGACGCCGGGAUGAGCCCCGAACAGACCAACGCCGCCGAGAUCUCGUCGGUGGUGUCCGCAGGCCCGGCCUCGGCGGCCACCAUGCACAUGGACGGUAUAUGGAAGUACUGA